GACAAGCACACAUUGACGUUCUCUAGGAUCUGGACGAGAAAGCAUCUCUCGGUCUCUCUUUAUGCAGGAGAGCUGGGAGGUCUCAGUGUGUCCCGUUCACUCAAGAAUUGAUGUCACCAAAAGAUAUGAGAUAGCAGUGAUAUUGAUCAUCUCCAGAUCCACCACUGAAGACCCUGUCAAAAAAACAGUCGAAGUAUGGAAAAUAAUUCCACACCCCCUUUACACCAACGUGGGAGCUUUCUCUUUUCAUUGCUCAUGGUUCGAGUGGAUGGCGAGUGGAUGAAACUGAGCCUGUGUGGCCUUCUCAGAGACCUGGACAAAGAAAUAGGGAAAAGAACAAACAGCAGGACGGUCAGGAUGGAAGUCCCUUACAAUCUAACAGGCGACUUGACAUGGAACAGGAGAAAACCUGGGGGGAAUGGCUACAAGAAAUGAAACUUUACUUGUGGAAUCCAGAGAAAAAAGAAGUAUUAGAACGAGAUAAGAAAAGCUGGGCUCAGAUACUUCUAUUUUACUUUAUACUUUACGCAUUUCUAGCUGGGAUGUUUGCAUUAUGUAUCUAUGGACUGCUUCUCACAAUAAGCCCAUAUGUGCCUACUUGCAGAGACAGAGUCUUUCCACCUGGUGUAACAAUCAGGCCAUAUACAAGGGAAUUUCAUUAUAAAUUUAAUGCUGAUAUUAAGGACACAUGGUUACCUUACACCGAGAAUCUGCACACAUUUCUUGAAGCCUAUGAUGAUGAGAAACAAACAGCUACAAACGUGAAAUGCACUCCAGGACAAUACUUCAUUCAAGAAGGAGAGCUACAUGAGGAAAGGAAAGCCUGUCAGUUCCCCCGCUCACUGCUGAAGAACUGUUCUGGAAUUGAAGACCCAAGUUUUGGAUUUUCCCAUGGGAAACCAUGUAUCUUACUAAAGAUGAACCGGAUUCUGGGGUUUGAAGCCGGUGCUGGAACACCAAUUACUGUAUCUUGUGGAAUCUACUAUGGAAAUGAUACUGAUUUAGGAGCAGUUACCUUUUACCCACAUAAUUACUUUGACCUCAUGUACUUCCCUUACUAUGGCAAGCUACCACAUGUAAACUACACGUCACCACUUGUUGCUAUGCAUUUCACAGAGGUGAUCCACAAUCAUGAAGUCAUCAUACAGUGCAAGCUAAAUGGACGAGACAUUAUUAAUGAUCGUAAGACUGACCACUUCCUGGGCAGAGUAAUCUUCACAAUGAACAUUGGAUGAAUGACCUCCGAUUCACUAAUUCAGGAAACUUACAGGUGGUCAUGAUCAGACUAUUACUUACCUUUCCUAUGUUGCAGCAGUCCGUUUUAUCAAUGCUGAGGCCUAAAUAAAUCAGAACAUCUUCUACUAGGCCACAGUUUGUGAGAUGUCCUCCUGGAUGUAGACUUGGCUUUCAUUAGUAGUGAAUGAAGAAGACAAUAAGCAUGCAUAAAACUAAAACCUAACAAAAAAGCCAUGGUUCAAGUCACUUGAUUUCAUCUUGGAUACCCACCAUGCACUGCCGCCUUCCCAUCUAAAGGAACAGCCAAUUAAGGAGGUUUUUUACUGACAACCUGGUUAUUGUAUUAUGAUUAGGUCAAUCGGUAUUGAUUACAUAUUCAGUUAUAAUUGAAGUUAGUAGGAUAUAUUUAGUUGUCAUUAUUCUUUAUGUAAAGGAGAUGGAGAGAAAAAGUCAUCGCAUUAUGGAUUGUAUAUAUAUUAAAGAUACACUGAAAACACACCAUGUGUACCAAAUGCAACAGCACAAUUUUGCUAUGAGAGCGCUUUGGCGCAUGAGGUAAAGAACUAAUGUGAUGUCGAGUUAAUGUUAUUUGUAAUAAUUAGAUAAUAAUUGUCAUUAUUUGAAGCAGUUAACAUCAGCUCUAUAGAAACCACAUUUCUUAUACUUAAUAAAUUGGUUGUCAGAA